GCAUACACUGAAAAAAAAAAUAUGGUUAAGCUAAUAAUUCAACCAUGUUUAAUUUUACCAUUAAUAUAUAAGUUAAAGACCACUCCUCGAGGAUGCAUCAUCAAGGGACUUGGCCCAUCGCUUAAGCCAAGUCCAACAACAACAACAAGUAGCCGUCACGUUGGAUUCAAUUAGUCGCCACCAGUCCAAUCCAUCUGCUUCCCUAGCAUAAUCCGACACCGCACAACACGUUGCACUUAGAUACUGUCCCGCGCAUGCAGCAACGACGAUGAUGACGACGACGACGACGACGAUAGCACCCAUGGCAUGUUGUCAGAAUUCCUGGUAAGGAGCUAGGUCAGCAGUUAGGGCUUUGAUGAUAGGUUUGGAGUAAUUUUAAUUUGAAUAAACGCGCACUUCAGUUUUAGGCGCAGUCGAGUUAACAAGUGUCUUGUUUUUUAAAAACGAACUACCGAACCUCCAGUUCAUAAGUGGCUUAGGUCGGUAGGAUCUAGUGAUUCGAAGUUGUCUCCGCGAGUGUUGUGUGUUCCGGCGAAAGUGCAUCGAGGGAAGAUCGAAACACCGAAGCCUCCAUCGACGGUUCAUCGAGGGAUUGCGAAUACAUCCGGAAGGAGUCAACCGAACACGAAGGACCAGCUAGCUUCAUCAACCGAGGGAAUAUCGGCAGACGAAACUGUCAAAAAACCACUGAAAAGUAGAAGGACUCCUUGCGUCACGCAACUCUCAACAUAAAGAUCAUCUAAACUUACAAAACAAGCAUUAAACCAAGUUUUUUUUUAGAGUACACACUGGACAAGAGGACAUGGAUACCCACAUUUUCUUCAUCACCAUCUCAAUACUUACUUCAUUCAAACCGAGUACUACACAAUCCAUCCGAUUAACCAAUCUGGCUUUAAAUCCCGGAAUAUUAGCCCUACAGGAAGGUUAUAGCUUUCGGAAGCUAGGUGAGCACAAGCUUUUUCAUAUUGUUGAUUUAGACAAAUACGAGCCUAUCUUUAGAAGGCUAAAAAUCAAUAUAAUUGGCAUAAACUCCUUUGGCAGCUAUUCAGGAAUGACAGAUUUACUUUCCACAAAAGUGAGCAAUACUCAGCAACUUUUCUUCGAACUUAAACCCAAAAUUAGGCCCAAGAGAGGGUUGUUCAAUUUUAUUGGAACAGGAAUCAAAACCAUUACAGGCAAUUUAGACAAUAAUGACCUCAUAGAAAUUUCCAAAAAUUUAGAAGACCUGAAUCUAAAUUCUAAAAUUUUGAUUAAUGAAAACAACGAGCAAAGAUUGAUAAACCAGCAAUUUCAAAACAGAUUAAAUAGAGUCAUAAACCAUUUGGAAAGCCAACAGGCUCAAAUCAGCAAAAAUCUCAUCUUAGCAAGAAACUGUUCAGCCCGAAAGGAUUUCAUAAUAUUUAAAGAAAUUUUCAAAAUCCAUUUUAAUCUAGAUUUUUUAAAAUCCCACCUUGAAGACAUUUUUGAAGCCAUUAGACUCCCAAAGAUUCAGAUUCUGUCAAAAAAUAUUCUGUCCUCUCAAGAAUUAGGUUUUGCUACAACAAAAUUAGAAGAAAAGGGGGUAGUCCUUAACACAUUGGAAGAAACAUACGAUUUCUUAGAACUUUCGGCAUUUCAUAACCACUCCAAAAUCAUUUUCGCGAUAUCUAUCCCGUUAUUAGAAAAUUUAGUUUACGAAAACUUUUUUCUGGAACCCAUGCCAGUAGGGAACAAGAUUCUAAAAAUGCCAUGCCAUGCGGGGCAACGAUUCAACAUUUAUUGUCACCAGAGAGUGCAAACGUAUCCAAAAGCGGAGGUUGUGCGACCCAGGCAAUUUGAUAAACAUCACCAAUGACGGUUGCAUUCCAGAACUAUUGCAAGGACUAUCAGCUAAUUGUUCUUUCACGAACUGCAUCAAUCCGACCGAAAUGAAACUUAUUAUGGAAAAUUUUCUAGUACUGAAAUCCGUAAGGAACCUGCAAAUCGAUUCAUCUUGCGGUAUUACAAAGAGUAACUUAACCGGAUCAUACCUUUUAGAGUUCCACAACUGCUCGAUAUAUGUGAAUGGUUCUACUUUCGAAAAUACCGAGCUUAUCGCUAUCGCAACAGAAACACCUGUGGUAUUGCCAUUAGAUGGGCUCUCAAUAUCGGAAAGUCACUUCGAAUCGACACGGCGGCUCGAAGAGAUUCACAUCGCCAAUCGUAAAUUUCUGGAGGAUUUCGUUGAGUCAUAGAAUCGGAACGUACUCAUCGAUGACUAUUUCUACCUUAAGUUUCCUGAUUGUUAUUAUCCUGAUUGUUAUCCUAGGAUGGAAAACAAUUCCCAAGUUCCAAGCCUUCUUUAGGAACGUUUUGCGCAGGAGAAAGGACGUCGAUAUGACGAAUCACCAAAAACGUUCCAAUUUUGGAAACGAAACGAAUCGGGACGAUUCCUUUUCAAAGGGGGGAGUAGUUAAAGACCACUCCUCGAGGCCGGAUGCAUCAUCAAGGGACUUGGCCCAUCGCUUAAGCCAAGUCCAACAACAACAACAACAACAACAAGUAGCCGUCACGUUGGAUUCAAUUAGUCGCCACCAGUCCAAUCCAUCUGCUUCCCUAGCAUAAUCCGACACCGCACAACACGUUGCACUUAGAUACUGUCCCGCGCAUUGUAACCGUUCGUCGAAUUUGCUCGAGAAGCUUUAAAACUCGAUGGCUUUUGCGCCACUCUCGCGAACGAGAGACCACCGGUUCAUUUAAAAGUUUGCCCGACUAAAUCCACGACUCUUAUCUCGAGGGCUUUCUCGAACGGCCGCUAACUUGAACUGAAACCCAAAACGCACUAAUUUAUACACACAAAAACGAACGAACUGAAACUAUA